UGUGUGAGAGUAUUGUUUAUAAAUAGUUGUGUUUACUUCGUACAUUUGUGGUUAAUUCUCAUCUUGUGUUUUUCUUAACUCGCCGUGAAGGGGAUGAGAAGCUUACUUGGUGGUGGCGGUUAAAAGAAAGUUUGGAGUUGAAUUUGAGACCAAUAUAAACACAAAUUAAUGCUCUAAUUAUAAAAGAAAUGAGCAGUAUAAAACGAGUCCAGCAUUGGGCAACAUUCGCCAGGGUGUGGCAUAUAUAUGAUGCCACGUGGCAGAAUCCAUUCGACUCAGCCCAGAAGAUACGAAAGGUGCUGAUGGGGAUAAACAAGCCCAUCUAUCACCCUCUGAACGACUGCGGCGACCAUGUGGUGGUGAUCAACAGCCGCGACAUAGCCCUGCCGGGGGACGAGUGGAGGAAGAGGGUGUACUUCCACCACACGGGGUUCCCCGGAGGAGCGACGUGGACGCCGGCGUGGGAGCUGCACGACAAGGACCCCACCAUGAUCGUGUGGAAGGCGGUGUACGCGAGCCUGGUGGGCAACCUGCAGCGCCGCCACACCAUGCAGCGCCUGCACGUCUACGCCGACGACCAGGUGCCCACGGACGUGCUGGGGAACGUGACGAGCGUCAUCAGGCAGACACGGCGCGUGCCGGUCCGCCUCGACAUGUACAGCGACCAGCAGAUACAGACCUUCCCCAAGGUUGUCGACUGGCCCAAAGACUACGUCAUGCCGUGAACGAACAAUGUAUAUAGUGUUUCAGUAAAAGUAUUUGUUACCACGUC